CACAGACACAGGCACAUCUAACCAAUCCACCCCCCUUUUACAACCUCCCUCUUCUGCCCCCACCCGCCCCCGCAACCAGGAAUCGGCGUCAGCAAAGGGUGGAACAGGAAGUUUUUUUUCCAAGCAGCCCCGCUCAGACAAAAUCCUCGAUGGCUGUUCAUUGGAAAAGGGGUUGAAUUUUGUUGGGGGGAAGGGUAGGGGGAGAACAUCUCCAGUGAACCUUCCCCCCCCCCCCUCCGUUGCCUGACUGACUUUGAGUGUAGGAAACGCAGUAUGAAGAUGCUGCCUCUUGCAGACCAUCCACAUUUUCUGCAUUUUUAACUCUUUCCCUCAUUCGUCCUGUCUGCCACUUCUAUUUCACGGUGCACGUAUUUAUUUUGAUGUUAACAGGGAUUUCACAAAAAAGAGAAGCUUCCUCCUUCCCCAUUUUUAAAAAAAAAUUGUGUGUUUUGAGGGAGGGUGGAUAAAGGAGGAUUUACUUUUAAGUUUAUUCCUCUAUUCUUAACCCCCGCAUCCCAAUUGAAAACAAGAUAGUCAUCAGGAUGUUGAAGAAAGUCUUGAGGAUUUCCAACCGUUCCUUCUUCGCCUUCAUUUUCUUCUUCUCCCUGUCUUCAUCAUGCCUGUACUUUAUUUAUGUGGCACCUGGAAUAGCAAAUACCUACCUCUUCAUGAUGCAAGCCCAAGGCAAGAUGUUGAGGGACAAUGUGCGAACAAUAGGCAUUUUGAUUCGAGACCGCUACACCAAAAGGAAUAACACUCUUAAUGGCACAGAUUAUCUUGAAGGGUACAAUUCAAGUGAAUAUCUUGGUCAGAGCGGAACAUACCUCCCAGAAGACUUCACAUAUUCUCCUGGUUUGCCUUGCCCAGAAAAACUACCUUCUAUGAAGGGGUUUAUUGAUGUCAACAUGAGUGAAAUCAGCAUGGAAGAAAUCCAACGUUUAUUUUCACAAGAUUUAGAAAUCCAAUAUGGAGGCCACUGGAAGCCAAAGGAUUGUAAACCCCGCUGGAAGGUGGCAAUCCUUAUUCCAUUCCGCAACAGGCAUGAGCAUCUCCCAAUUCUGUUUCGGCAUUUGAUUCCAAUGCUUCAACGACAACAUGUGCAGUUUGGCUUUUAUGUCAUUGAACAGGCUGGUAACUAUCCUUUCAACCGUGCAAUGCUAUUUAACGUUGGUUUUAUGGAGGCUAUGAAGGAUCUAGAUUGGGACUGUCUCGUUUUCCAUGAUGUUGAUCACAUUCCAGAAAGUGAUCGCAAUUACUAUGGAUGUGGGCAGAUGCCACGGCAUUUUGCAUCAAAGCUGGACAAGUACAUGUACCUUCUGCCAUACAAUGAGUUCUUCGGUGGAGUUAGUGGUCUAACAGUAGACCAGUUCAGGAAAAUCAAUGGCUUUCCCAAUGCCUUCUGGGGAUGGGGUGGCGAAGAUGAUGACCUGUGGCGUAGAGUUUCCUUUGCAGGAUAUAAUGUGACAAGGCCAGAAGGAGAUCUGGGAAAAUACAAGUCUAUCCCCCAUCAUCAUCGAGGGGAAGUGCAGUUUCUCGGCAGAUAUAAAUUAUUGAGGUAUUCUAAAGAACGUCAGCCCCUGGAUGGGUUGAACAACCUGAAGUAUGCUCCAAAUAUAACCCUGCACUUUUUGUAUAAAAAUAUAACAGUGAACCUUACACCAGAGUUGGCUCCUGUAAUUGAAGGCUAAAGAGGAUGGGACCAUCAGAAAUUUCUAACAGCUUCCCCGGAACAUUGUGGAUUUCAGAGCAUUUUUUAGUGGCAGUUCAGUGAAGGACUUUAAAGGUCUUGAGGAACAGCCAAACCACCUCAGCUGUGGAUGAUUUAAUGACGGCUUGAGUCCUGAGUUUUGAACAGCUGAUUGUAUCUGCAUGUCGCACUAGCUUUUGCUAAUGAAUUCGCCCUCCACUUUGAAAGACAGUGUGUCAUCAUUCUGAAAUCAAGAGGUUUACAGCAGGGCUACUUUGACUGUUAAGUCCUUGCGUUAUUGUCUAAGCUUUCUUGUUGUGAUCAGCUGUUCUUGUAUAAAGGUGUUAAAGCCAAUAGAAUUUCCAUUUGUAUGUAUUGCAUAACAUAUUGUAUUUUUAGCUAAAAUGAAGGCUUGAAAUAAUGCUGUGGAUUUGUAAAUAUACUGUAAAAUUGUGCACUUUGCCACUCCUUUUUUAUACCAUUGAACAGAUGCAUUUGUGUGAUGUUCCUUUUAAAAAGGAGAUAUAUAAUAUAUAUAUGUAUGUAACUUGGCAUGUAAGAACAAAAUGUAUAUAGUCUUUAAGACACAUUAUUUUAAUUUCCAUACUGAACAAUGGGGAGAUUGCAAUAUAUUGUCUCAUUGCUGUUAGCUAAAACCAUAACUUGUUACAGUAGGAUUUUACACUGCCAAGUCGCUUCACCUUCUGGUUUGAUUUGAAAAAGACCUUUUUGUUCGUAAGGUAAAAUGAGUUUAGCUUUUGAUUAUCUUCUGAUGUGUGAUAUAGUGCUAGUUGAUUCACUUAUGUGUUUGGGGAAGGAAGGCUUAAAACCAAGAAGUAGGGGAUGCUGGGGCAGGAGGGAAGUGUUAGGUAUUUGCUUUCAAAGGACUUGAAGAUAAGCUACAAGCUAAACCAAAUUUCAUCUUGUAGAGUUUAGGGUGUGCUGCCUUAGUCACUGAGCAGCUGGUGCAAAGGUAUUGAUGACUCUCUUUACAAAACCAAAUUUCUUGCCUCACUUCUGACUGGCUCACCAUCUUUUAUCAUUCCCCUGCAUGCUUAGAAAUACGGCAUGUAUCAACUUGCCAUAUUUAGAUACGUGUUUAUGAAGUGAAACCGUGUUUUCCAUAAUCUUUUCAC